AUGUUUUCAGAUAGUGAAUCAGACAUUCCAUUUGAAGUAAGAGAGACUGCAAAUGCUGCAGUGGGUAGUUCAAUUACUGAAAAAUUAAGAAGUAUAUACGCCCUGGCCAACCAAAAAUUUGAGGAAUGGUUUAAUUUAAAAAAUAUAAAGAACAUCAACGAAAAGGUACUAAUUGCUUAUUCUGAAAAUUUAAAAACAUUAAAGGCGGCAACUUUGUGGACUACACAUUCAAUGUUGAGAUCUGAACUCACUGUACGCAAAAAUGUCAAUAUCAAGUACACUAUCCUUUUGGUUGGGAUGAAGAGACGCUUAGCCCUUGAUGAAUCGACAGAUAUCAGAGAUAUUCCACAAUUGGCAGUUUUCAUACGUUUUGUUUCACCUAAUUUCGUUGUCAAAGAAGAAUUGUUAGAUUUAGUAGCACUUCAAGAGACAACGCGCGGUGUCGAUAUCAAAAAUGCAUUAGAUUCCAUAAUGAAAAAUUUGGAUGUGACUCUUGAUAAACUUGUAAGCAUUGCAACUGAUGGAGCUCCGGUAAUGCUGGGUAAAAAUGUUGGUCUUAUUGGGCUUUUAAGAGAUGAUUCUCAAAUUCCACAAUUCAUACCAAUUCACUGCAUAUUUCACCGAAAACAUCUCGUUGUAAAAUAUUUAAAAUAUCCUGAUAUUAUGAAAACAGUGUUACACAUUGUAAAUUACAUUCGCACUAAUGCAAAAAAUCAUCGACAAUUCAAAAAUUUCCUUGAAGAAUUAAAAGACGAAGAACUUCCAAAUGACAUUUAUUUCUUUUGCAUUGUUAGAUGGUUAUCUAGCUACAACGUAUUAAAUCGAUUUGUAGAUUUGUUUGAUCCGAUAACUGCAUUUCUAAAAGAAAAGGAAAUAACCUAUUCAGAAUUAGACAAUGACGAGUGGUUACAAGUCUUAAUGUUUUUUACUGAUAACGUAGGUGUUAAUGUCGAUGGUGGUGAAGCACCAUUUAAAGAAACGAAUACAUUCGAAAAGCAGUACCGAUGUUUAAAAUCUAACAAUUCGGAAGUGCAGAAAAGGAGAACGAUCAUUUGA